AGCCUACGGGCAGGCGCCCAGCGGCUGGGCCGGGUAGAACGGAGGGCGGAACGCAGCUGUGGGGUUGGGGCUGUUGCAGUGUCGGCCGGAGCGGUUUGGGAACUGCACGGGGCGAAGAUGGCGGCGGAGCGGCAGGACGCGCUGAGAGAGUUCGUGGCGGUGACGGGCGCUGAGGAGGACCGGGCCCGUUUCUUCUUGGAGUCAGCCGGCUGGGACCUGCAGAUUGCACUAGCAAGCUUUUAUGAGGAUGGAGGGGAUGAAGACAUUGUGACCAUUUCACAGGCAACCCCAAGUUCAGUGUCCAGAGGCACAGCUCCCAGUGAUAAUAGGGUGACAUCCUUCAGAGACCUUAUUCAUGACCAAGAUGAGGAGGAGGAAGAAGAGGAGGGGCAGAGGAGCAGGUUUUAUGCUGGAGGCUCAGAGAGAAGUGGACAGCAGAUUGUUGGCCCUCCCCGGAAGAAAAGUCCCAACGAGCUGGUGGAUGAUCUCUUUAAGGGUGCCAAAGAGCAUGGGGCUGUAGCUGUGGAGCGAGUGACCAAGAGCCCUGGAGAGACCAGUAAACCAAGACCGUUUGCAGGAGGGGGCUACCGCCUUGGAGCAGCACCAGAGGAAGAGUCUGCCUAUGUGGCAGGAGAAAGGAGGCGACAUUCAGGCCAAGAUGUUCAUGUAGUGCUAAAGCUCUGGAAAACUGGAUUCAGCCUUGACAAUGGUGAACUCAGAAGCUACCAAGACCCAUCCAAUGCCCAGUUUCUGGAGUCUAUCCGUAGAGGGGAGGUGCCUGCAGAGCUUCGGAGGCUAGCUCACGGUGGGCAGGUGAACUUGGAUAUGGAGGACCAUCGGGAUGAGGACUUCGUGAAGCCCAAGGGAGCUUUCAAAGCCUUCACUGGCGAGGGCCAGAAACUGGGCAGCACGGCCCCCCAGGUAUUGAACACCAGCUCUCCAGCCCAGCAAGCAGAAAAUGAAGCCAAAGCCAGCUCAUCCAUCUUAAUCAAUGAGGCAGAACCUACUACGAACAUCCAAAUCCGCCUUGCAGAUGGUGGGAGGCUGGUGCAGAAAUUCAACCACAACCACAGGAUCAGCGACAUCCGGCUCUUCAUCGUGGAUGCCCGGCCAGCCAUGGCUGCCACCAGCUUUGUCCUUAUGACGACCUUUCCUAACAAAGAGCUGGCUGACGAGAACCAGACCCUGAAGGAAGCCAACCUUCUCAAUGCUGUCAUCGUGCAGCGCCUAACCUAACCGCCCAGCUGCUGCCUCACCUUCCUGUGUGUCUCCCAUGACCGCAGCCGUGCCCAUGGGGUCACCUUCCUGCCCCUGUACACACCCAGUCCUUCCAGUGCCACGUCUCGUGUAGCUCUGGGCUCUUAGACUUCAGUUGGACAUAUGUUUUCUCUUUAGUUGUAUUUCCUGGGUUUUUGUGGUGAUCAAUGGACUUUAAAGAAAAAAAAUAAAAACAACCAAAAAAGUUGAAGGAAUACCACCAAUCCUGUUGUACAGAAACUCUCCCACUGGAACUAUAUUUGAUUGUUAGAAAAUCUUAUCUUGGAGCAUGGUAAGGGGACUGUGCAUUUAUCAUCUGUAUAAAUUCACUGUGGCACACAUACUCAUCUCCUGGUGUGUUCCUCCUGCCACAGAUGGUUGUGUGGAGGACUCUCACUUCAUAGAGAAGGAAGGAGGGGGACAUGCAGGAAGAAACUGCAGCCACUCCCUUCCAUAAGAACAUCUCACUUGCCCCAGUCAAACUAAGUAGGAGUCAACAUCUGGGGCCAAAGCUGGAUGCACAAAACUUUUUCUGCUGGCGAUAAGUACUCUCUCAGCUCCCUCAUUGGUGAGGCCUGCUUGCUAUCAUUGUCUUAUUUACAGCAAUCUUGCCUGGUCCAUUUUUUCUAUUAGGAUAUGGCACAUGCCAACCUAAGUGAGUUUAGUUAGGGUGUCUUUGUCUAAAAGAAAGAAAAGUGUCACUAAUGUUAAUGGCAGAUCUAGGUAUGGCAAUAAGUGUCUUGUGUCUGGAGUGCCUUUAACUGUGGUGGUAAUUGUAAGAGUCUUAUGAGAAGCUAGUUUUCUUUGGGCAUAUGUAAUUAAUGUCAGCGUGUGGCUUUGGGUCACAAGGUCUGUUUCACACUUGUUCCCUGCCCUGCUGACCUCUGACUUAACAGUAGCUUGAGCCACAUCCCAGCCUGGCAAAGACCUCCCCACCCUUGAAGGUGUAAGGAGAAUAGUAGGGACCUUGGCUAGAACUCUUCUGCCUCCUUGACUAUACUAUUCAGUUUCCUGCCCUGCCCUAAGCCAGGAGCCAACUUGACACUGGGAGCUACUAAGAAACAUCCUGAGAGAGGGCAAUGGCAAAUAGUUCCCUGCUGUGGCUGCAGCAUCCACCAUGGUAUGGUCUCCAGCAUGUGAAGGUAACCAGAAACAAAGGUCUGGAAAACAAAACUGGCCAUUUAAAACCAGAAUGAGUACAAUAGAGUUUGUCCUUUAUAUUGAGUUUCUUGGAAGGAAAUUAGCAGCACCUCUAUUCAGCGCUUCACGGGGCCCAGGUCUUAGUGAAAUGCCAUGGGCAAGGUUCCAGAAACCAUGCUGAAAUGCCCAGGCCUUGCUGCGUAAUUCAGUGCCCUUCCAGCACCUGGUUGCAGCCUGCAUCUUCAAGUGGUUUACAAGGGGACCUGGGUUUUUCCCCUACUUGUGAGUAUGGGUGGCAGCUGCUUGAACUUGCCCCAGUUCUGGGCCUGGCCCAAGGCCAGAGGGAUUGCAUAAAAUGGCUCCACGCCCAGGAAGGCUGUUUCUAGCUUCAGGCUUCUGUUCUGGAGGCUCAGAUGGAAACAUCUGUCCACCCCAAUGGGCUGUUAUAGCAUAUUCCAACCACCGAUCCUGGGCUGUUGAACUCAGGGCAGUUGUUCUCAACUGGAGCACUUUGGAUCAUCCCCAGCAUUGCGUGGAAAGUAGGAGAAUCACUUGAAAUUAAAUGGGCCGUGCAGUGCAUGGAUUACAGUGCCUGGAUAUGUCUUGAUCUGUUGGAAGGAUACCUCAUAUUCACCAGAGUAAAG